GUCGUCGAGUUUAGUCGCAUUUUCGUUCCGUUUGCAAUAUUUUAUUGCCGCUCGUGUGUGUGUGUGCUCUCUCAAAGUGAAAAAAGCUAGCAAGCAAAAAAACCGCCUCAGUUUUAUGCACUUUUUACUUAUUUAACGAGAGAGCGAGAGCCAGCCAGCCAGCCUACUCGAGCAACAACUACACAAACAAAAAGCAGCCAGUCUAGCCGCCGCUCUCAGUCGUUGGUGUGCGCCGCCAAUAUGAAAAUCUCAAUAUUAGCAAGCCGCCCCAUGCAGUGCUGUAGUGUAUGGCCGGGGGAGUGUCGCCGUCUGCAUAAAAAUUAAAGUGAAUUAUUUAUUCGAGUAGUUAAAGAAAAACAAAAAACGAAGCUACGGAAUGCAUUAGCAUAUUAACACAAUCUAAAUGUAUAUUCGUAUAAGCGCCACCAGCGCAAAGUAUUUAUUGUGUAGCGUGUAGUGAAUACAAAAGAAUUUUUUUAAGUGUUUGAACUCUGACGAAGUGGAAGCCACUUUUUUUGGAGACUACCUUGCAUUGGCGUUUCUUUCCGUACGCAUACAUACAUAACUGUGGCCUGUUUGUAUAGCAGCAACAAGGGUCCCUAAGCUCCCGCAUACAGUUGAAAAGGAAAGGAAAAGCCGAACAGAACUGACUGACUAUGCUGCAUGCAAACUUUUAAGUUAUUUCAAUUCAAUUUUGCGUUGAACGAUGGAUCGUCGUGGAUUGAAGUUUAUUUCGAAAAGAACGGAUAUUGAAAGCGACGUCACACAACCAACGCCAAACAAUCUCUACUUACCUACUCAACCUUUGAAGGACAACUCGAAUAUUAGGAUUAUCAAAGUCAAUUCUGAGUACACACAGUCGGUGGAUAGCACAACAGCUGCAUUAAAGCAACACCAACAACAGCCACAGGCGACUACGACCAUCACCACUACUACAGCAGCAGCGAAUAAUAGUUUUAACAAUCAUUUGAAUAACAAUAACAAUAAUAGGAACGCUAAUACAGCUAACAACAAAAACAACGAACGCCCGCUUAAGUGUCUCGAAACACUCGCACAAAAGGCGGGAAUCACGUUUGACGAGAAAUACGAUUUCGCUAGUCCACCGUAUCCGGAUACGCACAUUAGUAGCGCCAGUAACGGCAACAACCACUACAACCAUAAUCCCAACGUCAGCUAUAGGCAUACUUUAGCAGUGAGCAGUGGUGGAGUUUCAUCAUCAUCGUCGUCGUCAUCAUCCGCUUCAUCGACGACCUCAUCAGCAUCAUCCACAUCUUCGACUUCUUCGACAUUUGUCAGCUCAUCAACGCCAUCGGCAACGGCUAUCGCAUCCACUUCGACACCGCAGAAAAACUUCACGCUGGAGAAAUCACAGAGUCCAGCUCAACAAGUGGCGCCUUCAUCGGUGCCACUACAAAUCUCACCCGAACAAUUACAACAGUUGCAACAACUGCAACUGCAACAUGGCUCACCAUUCACUGCCAUACAGGUGAAACAGGAAUUUCCUACGCACACUGCCACCACACAUCAGCUGAGCGCUGCCGGUGCGGGCGGUGAGCUGAAGCACCCGGGUUUGUUGGAUGCCACGCAGGCCAAUCAGCUGCAACAAAUGCAAAUGCAGUUGGCGGAUCCUACAGCCGGUGCGCCCGGCAGUCCGGCUAAUCAGCAAACACCAAGUAGCGCGGCCGCUGCUGUUGCUGCCAUGCAGCAGCAUUCGACCACCAUAAGUACCAUGUCGCCGAUGCAGUUGACCGGACAGGUAUUGGGUGAUUGGGCACAGGGGCGUACGGUGCAGUUGAUGCCACAACAAACGGCGCUCAAUUCGGGUUUCCUGUAUCCACAACUCGUUUCUGGCAACUUGAUACACUCGAAUUUGGGACAGCAGCCGAUACAGGUUAUCGCUAGCAAGCCCUUUCAAGGUGGCACGCCUCAAAUGAUUACCACCACCACGCAGAAUGCUAAGCAAAUGAUCGGCGGUAAUGCAGGCUUUCCCAACACCUACGCCAUACCGUCCAGUCAAUCGCCACAGGCUCUGCUUUUCACGCCCGUGCUCGCGCAAUCGCCGCAACAGCAACAGAAUAUAUUUAAUUCCAUGGCAGCUGCAGCAGCUAAUGCUCAACAACAGCAACAGCAACAACAACAGCAACAGCAGCAACAACAAAAUGCAAAGGCCACUAGCGAUGCGCAGAAGGGUCUGCAGCAGAAGGUCGUACAAAAGGUGACAACCACCACGAAUACAGUGCAAUCGGCCGCGGGCGCCGCCGGUGCUGUGGCUCAGCAGCAGCAACAGCAGCAGCAGUCAACGCAACAAUGCGUGCAGGUGUCGCAAGCUACAAUGCCGACACAGAUAAUUAGUCCUCUGCAAAACGCCACUGGCGCACCGCAAAUGCAAAUUGGCCCAUGGGUGCCGUUUUGGUCGAAUGGCCUACAACAGUUGCAGAAUCCAAUUAUAAUACGCGGCACGCAGCCGGAUGGUACGCAGAGCAUGUUUAUUCAGCAGCCGGCUUCGCAUCAAACAAUACAGGCGCAGCAGCAGAAUCCCAUCACCUUACAGUGCAACGUCGCACAGCCCGCUGUUAAGCCGCGUCAACAAAUAGAAGCGCUCGCGCCGAAACAACAGCAAACCCAUCAACAACAGGCACAGCAGCAGCAGCAGACGGCGCAGGCCGUCGUCGCAGCCGCCGCUCAAUUGCAGCAACAAGCCGUUACAGCUAGCCAAUUGCAACAGCAAGUGGCGCAACGCGUGCCCCAAAUACUGCCGCAAAAUGGCGCUCAGAUACGUCCGGCUAGUUCGGUGUCGACUCAGACUGCCCAAAAUCAAAGUUUGCUAAAGAAGAUGCGCACCAAGCAGCAGCCAGUGCGGCCAGCACUGCCGACAAUGAAGACUGAAAAUGGCCAGCCGCAGCAGCUGAAGCCCCAAACGGUCGCCACGGCAGCUGGGUUGCAGCAGCAAGGCGCCACUAUGCAUCAGGUGGUUACGCCUGCGGGUAAAAUGGUUGUGAUGUCAACAGGGCCGCCGAUAACCAUACAAAAUGGACAGGCCAUACAGCAGGCCACCACGACUGGCCAUGUCGACAAGCAACAGCAACAGCAGCAGCAAAUUCAAAUACAGCAGAUGCAGAAGCAGCAGCAGCAACAACAACAGGCUCUACUGCAGCAGCACUUGCUACAGCAACAAUUUGCAUCGGCUAUUCAAAUGCAACAACAGCAGCAGCAGCAACAACAACAGCAACAGUUGCAACAACACCAACACCAGCAGCAACCGCAACAAAUACAGUUGCAGGUGACGCCACAAACAUUCAUCACACAGCAACAGCAAGCGCAACAACAACAACAGCAGCUACAAACUCAGUUGCUGCAACAGCAGCUAGUUCAACAACAACAACAACAGCAGCAGCAGCAACAGCAACAGCAGCAGCAGCAGCGUGAGCAACAACAGAAUAUAAUACACCAAAUCGUCGUGCAGCAGCAGCCACAGCAGCAACAGGCUCAGACUCAUGCCCAGCAGCAGCAGCAGCAACAACAACCACAACAACAGCAGCAACCGCAUUUACCACCGCAGAUUGCCGGCGUACCCUUCUCGGUGUCGUCUUCGACGCCAUCAAGCAUAGCCUCGUCCGCAGCCGCCGCGCUGCAGCAACACGGCGUCUAUCAGUCGAAGGCCUCGACGCUGCCAACAACGUCAGUGGUGACUAUCACUAAUCAGGCUGGACCAUUGGUCACCAGCACCAUUGGCAUUAAUCAGACGGCACAGCUGCAGCAGCAACAACAACAACAGCAACAGCAACAAGCACAGCAGGCGCAACAACAAGCGCAGCAACAGCAACAAGCACAGCAGGCGCAACAACAAGCGCAGCAGCAGCAACAACAACAGCAAAGUUUACUGGCCGCAACUCUUGCCGCCUCGCAGCAGCAGCAGGCGCAACACCAGGCGCAGCAGGCGCAACAACAAGCACAGCAGGCUCAACAGCAACAAGCACAGCAAGCGCAACAACAAGCACAGCAGGCGCAACAGCAACAAGCACAGCAGGCGCAACAGCAGCAGCAAACCCAAAUGGCUCCGCCAUCCGCUCACCCACUGCCACAACCCAGUAUGGUUUCCACACCCACACAGAGUCCACUGCUCGGCCUCACAUCAAUGAUGAACGCAUCCAUGGGCGGUAGCAUACAGUCCUCGCCGGUUACAUCAACUCAGCAGCAGCAAAAUACCAAUGUGCAAAUCGUAACGGCGAAAGUGCCACCUGUGGCGCAAGUGAAGCGUAGCAACGCGGUGAAGGCAACACCAGUGGCGGCCGUGACGAAGGUGCAGCCGCAACAGGUGGUGAAUAAGGUAUUGCCCACUACAGUAAUGCAGCAAACGCAAGCGCCGGCGAGGGUAGCAAACAAUAAAGCACAACAACAACAGCAGGCGAACGCGCGGAAUGCAGCCGCAGCAGCUGCCACAGCGGCGGCGGCGGCGGCAGCGGCAGCGGCAACAGCAGCAACUGUCUCAGUGACAGUCGCUGAUGCCCAAAUCACAUUGACGCCCGUCACAAAGACAACGCCGUCGCAACUUGCCACAGGUGCUGCAUAUACAAAAGUGUCCAACAGCAGCGACACAACAGCCGUCACUAUAUUUGCUACACCUGUUACUACAACAACCACCACGCAACCUACUAAAGCAAAGACUAUGCCUACUGUGGCGGCUACAAUACCGACAUCAGCGCGCAAAACAAACCUUAUACGGCCAAUUAAUAAGGCGGAGGUGAAGCCGAAGGUAAUAAAGACCGCUGCGACCGUUCCCAAACAGCAGCCAGCGCAGCCUAAAGUUCAGCAACAGCAGCCGAUACAACAACAAAAACAACCACAGCAGCAGCCAACACCACAAGCGGCACAACAACAAACAGCGAAGAUGGCAAUGCUAAAGCCGCAGCCGCAACCUGCUCAGGUUGGUUUGCCACAGCCGCAGCAAAGCCAGGUGCAGACACAACAACACGUCAGCGAACAGGCAGCACGCGCUCUAACAUCUACGCCUACUCCAGCUGCCAUGCCGGCGACAGUGAACAACAACAUGGGCGGCAACAAAUUGAUGGAGUUCCCACAGCCAAAUGCUGUGAUGCAGCCCCAGCUUUACCCCGAGCCGCCAGCAGUCACACAACAACCAUACAAUAAUGCGCCCACGUCUAUGUACAAUAACGGCGUGGUGCAGGAGGAGCAGCAAGAGCCGCCACCGCCUCACUUGACCAACGGCAACAUGUCGCACAGCUAUGAUUGCAGUCAUCAGCAGCAACAGCCGCAGCUACCACCACAGGAAAUCGAAUUUAAUAGCCUCAGCUUGGAGCAAGUGGAGAGCUUUGCACCACCAACACCGCAGCAGUCGCAUGAGCAGGCGAGCAAUAUCUUGCCAGCAGCGCACAACUCCAACAGCAAUGGCUCGCUUGCCAGUAUUUGUAAUAAUAACAACGGCAACAGCAAUAAUCGCUGCCUGCAGUAUUCGAAUUCGGCCUUCAAUGUGCCGACGAAUAUUGUGAAUCCCUUGCAGCAAACUCUCCAGUACAAUAACAACAAUACCGCCGGCAACGGUGGCACCACAAAUACAACAACAACUAUGGGCUCGCGUCCAACGAAUCGUGUGCUGCCGAUGCAGCAACGUCAGGAGCAUAUAGCCACCACAACGCCACCACUGCAGGUGAAGCAACCCACAGCUACCAUGCCGAAGUUGGCACCAUUGAAUACUGUGGGCGCCAAGUGCUUACAUCCCGCCAGCGCGGUGAAUGGCGCCAAGAUCUACUACGAGGCUGAGGUGAAGAAGGAUGAGCAAAUGCUGCAUAUACUGCACUCACCUCAACAUCAGCAGCAACAGCAGCAGCAAGUGUUGCAAAUGCAGCUACAUGAGCCACACCAGGAGACGACAAGCAUC